AAUAAACCAAUAUUUAAUUUUGACAUUGAUAUCUUUGAUACUUUUAAUCAUUAAUUAAUAUUCACCAUGAAUGAUCAUCUUAAGAAAUUUUCUGGUGUCGAUUUCAACCCUGAUAAAUAUGUGAAAGAAAUAUCUCAAGUCUGUGUUGGUGGAAUUGAACUUCAAAGCCACAGAGCUAAAAUUCAGGCUCUUGCUGAAGAAACAAGCCAAAAUUUAAAGAAAAAUGUUUAUAAAAAUUAUAUGCAGUUCAUUGAAACUGCAAGAGAAAUAUCUCAUCUUGAAGGGGAAAUGUAUCAGCUAUCACACCUAUUAUCAGAACAACGUGCCCUUCUUGGUUCAAUGAGUAAUUCAGGUGCUGAACCAGUUCUUCAAGCUUCAAGCAAAGCCCAAGAAGAAAAAAGAAUUGCAGCUUUAUCAUCUGUUUUGGAGAUCAUAGAAUCCUGCCCGGAUCUUCUUGACACUCCAGGUAGGGAACUUUUGCACGAAGGUGACAUUGUGGAACUAGAUCCUCUAGAAAAUACAGCUCUUCAUCGAACCCGGGCUUUACUCUUUUCUGAUAUGUUUCUGAUUGCUACCUGGAUAUCAGAAAGGAAAGGACAAGCUAAGUAUAAGUUUGAAAGCAGUUAUGAUCUGGGAAGCAUGGCUGUUGUAAAUGUGAGGGAUCUUGGACAAGUUAAACAUGCUUUUAAACUUUUAGUAUUUCCUGAUACUAGGCUUUUUCAAUGUGUUAAUAAUGAAGCCAGGGAGGAAUGGCUCAAAAGGUUUGAUGAAGCUAAGAAAGCUCGAUUGAAUUCAGAACAAAUUAAAAAAAAAGAUGAUAAUGUAAAAGAACCGCAUACCAUUCAUGAGCAAUUGGCAAAACCCCCUGAGAGAACUGAUUCGGUUGAAUUUGGAUCUAAUCCAUUUGGAUUUGUGCUGGAUGAUGAUGAAGAUUGCAAUGCACUCCCAGAAUGGUUGACUGAAGCAGCUGAUGAUCUUGAUGUAUCUAUAGCUCAAAGACAUUUUGAAGAAGCCUAUGCAAUCAUUCAAAAAGCCGAGGAGUAUUUUGCGUCUGCACAAGAUGAUCAAUCACUAACAGAUAUAAAGUCCAAAGUGGAGAAUAGGAAAGAUGUAUUGAUCAGCGUUCUCCUAUCAGAGUUGAACGUCAGUGCUGAAAAAUCAUUACAAGGAGGUCUUCGAGCUAGUCGGAGAGCUGUUAGGCUCCUUAAUCAGCUCAACAAAUCAACCCAGGCAUGUGAACUGUAUUUGAAAGUUUGUACAAACCUCCUAAAAGCACAAAGUAAACGAGUGAAAAGAGAGGGCGCAACAGUGGCAUACGUCAAGAGAUUAUCAGAAGUAUAUUUUUCAAAUCUAGCGUCUAUAACUUCUGAAUUUCAAUACCGUGCAUUCCCUCACAAUCAAGAUUGUACAUCAGCUUUUGUUGUAUGGGUGUCAAUGGAAGCCUCUCAUUUCCUUUCACACAUCAUAAAGCAAGUAUUCAUCCCUCAGACACCUCUCGGUACGCUAGCAGAGUGCAUAGACAUUAUUAGGAAGCAAUCUCAGCAGAUGUGUGAGCUUGGACUAGAUCUAAGCUACCAGGUUAAUGGCCAGACUAUGACCGCAGUUACACGCGCAGUAGCUGAAGCAGGAGAGAAAGCUGUUGAUGCCGUCAAGGUGAGAGCUGCCGAAGACCCAUGGAGACCGUCCAGGCAGACACAGCAAUCAGUCAACAAGAUUCAGUCAGAGUUAGGGCUCCCUGUUUCAGAAUAUCUGGCUCAGGAUGGAGUCUUUGAGCUGACUGCAAACAGCCUGUCUUUUGCUAAGUUGUUAUCCUCUUUGACGGAUGAGGGUCUUAUGAUAUCCUGUCAGGAUUUGGAGUUUGCACUAAGUAAAGUAUUGAAGGAAGUACUUAAGGCACAUUUGAACCAUCUUUCAGCCUCUUACUCUAGUAAUAAAUUUGGUUCUCAGAGAAGUCUUAUACAGCAAAAUGCAAAGUUCAUUCUCGAUCAAUUAUUAGAAUCAGUGCAGAGGAAAUAUAGUGAAAAAAUGGGCCAUAGAUGUAAGAAAUUGGACACAUUAAGGAAAGAAUUUAAUUUUAUUUUGAAGGAGAGUAAAACAACAAUUACUGGUUACAUUUAGAGAAGCAGCCCGUCAACAAGAAAAUACUUAAAGUUUGGAAAGACUGUUGACAAUGGGAUUAACCUAAUGAAGUUAGACGGCAUAUCAGAAUCUAAAACAUUGAAAGACAGAACAAAAGUUUGAAGAGAGAAAUGAUGUAUUGUAAGUUGGUUACUCAGAAGACUGCUGUGAAUAUUUAUAUUAAUUUUUAUAGACAAUGUGUGCAUUAAUAUUUUCAUCAAAUUGUAUCGACUGUUAACUGCUUUGAAGCAGGAUAAAACGUGAAGGCUAUGACUGUCUAGCUCCUAUUCUAAGUAUCAAGGUAAGAAAAUGUACUUAUUUCAAUCCUUGUUAUGUAAUCAGCCAAACAAAAACUUCAAAUAUACAUUUAGCUACCAUAUCAAAGUAAUUUCAUUUCAAAAUGGUGUCAAUCACAAAAGGUUUUAAAUUGUAAUGUUAGUGGAUUGUUAAAAUAUGACUUAUUUAAAUCCUAUUAUUAUUAAAAUCCUGUUAGAAAUUUGACAUUUAAGAAAAAAAAAGUGAAGUGGCUGUAGUUAAAAUAAUAAUAGAAAUUAAUUACUGCCUUCUUGAUCAUUAUUUGCAAGAAUGCAAAACUGUUCCAUACAUGUUUUUUAUUUCUUUACCCAUGUUAAGUACAUGUCUCUUUCAUAUGUUUAUUGUUAACACUAGAAAAUGUUUUUUUAAUACUAUAAAAAUGUUUAAAAGUUAUAAAGCCUGUUAUUAAAUUUGACUAAUGAUUUGUAAUUAAAAAAAAAAUUAAUUUAUGUUUAAAAAUGAUUUUGUUGGCAG